UGGUCGCGCGCUUGAUUAUCGCGUGGUCUGAAAAGUCCGACGUCUAUCUGUCAACACGAUUCCCUGUGUCUGCCAUGGCCUUGAGCUCCCUUAGAUCGACCUUGAGCCACUCUGUUUGCUGCUAAAUUUUGUCACUAAACAUUCUAAUCCCUGAUCCCUCGCCGAAGCAGCCAUGCCUGUUGGGAAUUAUGUUCGAUCCAAGGAAGCUGGCCCAUUCCGUCCUACGACCGAUGAAGGAGGGGUUCCGCGCAGGUCGCGGCAGUUCCUGGCCGACCAAGUGAAAGUAGAAGUGCCUGCUACGAGACUCGUCGGACCUACCUUCUCAGAGGCCAGUGGGGGACAGCACAGUGGUUUUCCGUUAGAUGCGCCCCCGAAUGGCUUUCACAUUCAGCAGGAGAACGGUGUGCAGAGGGAUAUGUUCGACACAGAUGUCGAGGGGGUGGAUGAUUCCACUAUCGCAGGUACCAGUGUCAUGGAUGUUGACGAGUUCAAAAUGCCUAUUUCAUCGUAUUCGAGAGCUCCGCCACAGGGUACAGACUCGCAACCCCUCUACCACCCACCUCCGCCUGAGCCGCAAGCACGUGAAUUCAAGUGGUCCGACUACGAAGCAGCUGCGGACGUGGCCGGAUACAACUCAGACGAUGCUGAUAGUGAAGGGAGCCAUCGGACGUUCGUGCUUGGAGAUGAGAACACCAACAAGCCUACGGAGGAGCCGGUCCAGAUAAACAACUGGUAUCUAUCACAGAAGGUCCGCACGGUUGAAGAGCCUCGCCCUACUUCUUCAUCGAGUCGGCGUCUAGAAAAUUUCUGGGCUGCCAGCAAAAGGACAAAUGGCAAGUCUACAACUCUCUCACAACUUGAAGCGAAGCCCCUGGGUUUGGUUCCUGCGGUGACUUCGGGAUCAAAGCUCACCGGUAAAGUGUUGCCUGUGAAUGGCAGCAGACGGAUUGUUCUUCCUCGAAGUAUGACGACUACACCAAAGAGCCGCUUCAGUCCACCGAAGCCGUCACUGCUUGAACAACUUGAUCUGUCUCCUACGCGCCAAACUUCUGGCCCUCGACCUCAACCGGGUGGAAAAAAGACGACAGUGGCAAAGUCUCCUCCUCCUCAAGAUGACGAGAAUGAUGCAGGAAUACUGAGUGAUACUCGCCGAGACAGAAGGGACAGUAGUCUCUCAACAAGUGCAUUUGAUCUCACCAACAUAGACAUACUGGACCAUACUGGUAUCGAUCAUACUGAUGACGGCCAUGACGACGACACGCUAGAUGACCUAUAUCCCGAUCGACCGCCUAUCCGAAUAAACAUACGAGAGACAACGGAGUCGAAGAAGACGCAGAUCGAAGCAGACUACCCCAUUGAUGUCAUACGUCAGAAGUCAUUUUCGGAUCUUCAGGCUGAGCCAUUUGACCGCAUCCCAUCCCCAGUCCCCCAACAAGCCUCUUCUCCAGAACCAGUGGAUCCAUCCGACAUGAUAUCUGCACUCCUUCGGUUUAGCGGCCAAGAACGAAACAACUAUCUCUCGAAUCUGACCAUUGACGAAUGGGAAGACUGUGGCGACCAGUUACUCGACCGGUUCAGCAACAUGCUAACCCAAAUGAAGGAUCUGCGCCGCGCACGACGCAAAACUGCCGCGGCAUUCGAAGCCGAGAUCAAGAGGAGACACGAGUCCGUCCAGAACGAGAACUUGAACUUAUCGAACCAGCUCAGCGAGAUGCGCAAGGGUGGCAUUGAUGUGCUGCGCGGCCGGUCCCCGCCUAAUCCCAGUCCUUAGGUUCUAAUAAUGCUGAUACCUUGGGCUUCGCUUUCUACUGAAUUUUGUCACUUCUGCGACCGCCUUUUCUCGUCCGCGAGUUUGUUUGUUUGUUUGUUUGUUUUUUUAUGCUGUUUCAAUGAGCCGAUAUCAUAUACCCUCUUGCCUUGUCUAUAUGAUUCAUGAAUGGUUUUAAACCCCGGGGUGUCCCUCCGAGGAUAAGACUACCUUUUCUCCCACGGUUAUACUUCCAAUGAUAGAGAUAUCAUAGUUAAUUCUACGACUGUAGAUUUGUCUCCAUUCAAGUGAUGAGUAGAUAAAUAUAUCCUCCUGCCUACCAACACCUCGUUCCAUAAUCUAGAUGAUAUUCGAGAAAAAGAAGAAGACUCUAUGUAGAAUCUUGGCCUGCGCCCUGUCCGAAUAAUACCCCCGCAAGCCGCUUGUAGUCCUCUAAUAGAAGAGAUAUAUCUCCAAUCUU